AUGCCUUAUGAAUUCUGUAAAGUAUGUAAACGUAAUAAUAGUGAAGGCAGGCGACACUUUUACACGAAAAGUCACCAAGAACGCUUGAAAAAGGUCUUGGAAGAUCAAGAGACUAAUUAUCGCAAAUACAAAAUAUUUUUAAAGGAUUUGACUCUAGUGCAAGACAUUAAUAAACAACCAGACUUUACCUGCUUGUUUUGUGGAGUUGAAGUAAAACCGAAGUUUAUCGUUAACGCUGAAACUGCUACUGUUAAACUUGGUAAUGAUGAAUCGCAAUUUGUUUGCAUUCACAUUUUCGAGCACUUGGCUACAAAGCAACACCACAAAAACGUCGGCGAAUGGUUCAAAAAAAACAAUGUUGAUCGUAAAUUAAUUGACGAGUUUAUGAUAAAGAAAGCAGAUAUGGAUCAGUUCCAAAAAUUAAUGCGAGCAAAACAAUUAGAAAUCACACUGCAAGAAAAAGCUGCAAGGUUGGAAAGAAAGCGUAAAUUAAUAGAUGAAAGCUUAACCUCAACUAGAAACAACUCAUUUGAUCACAGCAGUAUUAGUACUAGUGUCGCUAGUAAUGGGUUAAAUUACAAUGACUAUGGAAGUAAUAGUAUCAAUCAAAAUAAUGUGAUUUUUAGCAAUCACUAUAUGGGAUUACAACAAGGAAAUUAUAGGUGGAUAAAUAACAAAAAUAGCAACAAUAAUAUAAGUGUGUUUACGAAGCCUAUCACUCGUCCAACUCUUCCUACUUCUUCAAGCACAAAUCGUAAUGAAAGUAAAACCGAGACUAUCAAUAGCCAACAAGACUAUGAUAUUAUUAACAGUAAUAGUGAGGACGAAGUUGAAAGAAAAGUAAAAAAACUUCGAGUUGCUGAUAAUCUUUUUGCUGCUAGCAAGUUAGAUUUGACGCGGAUAAAAGUUCCUCAUUUGAAACCCGGCGAGGGUAAUGUAUUCAUGGAAGGAAGCAUACCUCCCUGGAUGCAAGAGGAUAAUGAUAAUAACAAGAAUGUACCGUCUUCAUCUUCUUCUGCGGAUAAAGAAUGGGUUCCGAAUUUCGGUCGUGUAUGGAACUCGGGAACGCGCAGUCAAUCACGAAAGCAGUUUCAUCGCGAAUCUCGUCGUUGA